GUUUUUAUGGCUUUUAGAUUGUUUGAUUCUCUUUGUAUUUUAAAUGUCCUCUGUUUUUACUGUAAAGCACUUUGUAACUGUAGUGCUAUAUAAAUAAAGUUAUUAUUAUUAUAUAGCCUCUGAUGAAAGGUAGCAAGUUAACAUCAAUUUGUUUUAAAGGGUCUCAAGCCACAAAAGUUUGUAACUACAGCCAUAACUAAGUAGGUAUGAGUUGGUAUGUCUUUGCAGAACCUUUGCACACACACACGCACACACACACACACACACACACACACACACACACACACACACACACACACAUACCGUAUUACCUGCACUGGUUAAAAAUUGAUAUAGGCAUGCGGCUCUUGCGAAAUAUGGAAGGAGUUUACUUGUUGAACAGGAAAUGUGUCACUGUUUCUCCUCUACCCAGUAACUUCAUUUGUUAUCCUAUUCACUGGUGUUAAUCCUGCUUACCCUCUUUUUCCCUCUGUUGCCAUGGAUAUGCUAUUCCUAUGGCAACUGCAGGCCUUUGUGGAUGGCCUUGGGCCCCCACUGUAGAGGACUCUCUGAACCUUUCGUUACACAUUCCCUUCAAGAUCACAGACAAAUCACACAAGUAGCACAUACUCUAACUCUGUCUCUUAACUGUCAUCCUUUCUUUCUCGCUCUGCCCUCCCCUCUUCUAGUCGCACGACUAUGUCUUACUUAUCAAUCCUUGAUGCACUGCACGUGUCCAAGACUGCCACACAGCUAUUUGUCAUUUUAAUGUUCAUUUUUGGUAAAUUACACUCUAUGCAUUCACUGUGCGCGUGAUACUGAACCCCAGUGUCGGUAGAAAGACGGCUGUGAUCAGAUUUUUAGCGCGUGUGUCGCUGUCAUAAGAGUCAGCGCACACAAGCUUUCUAAUUUUCUGUAGCAAUGGAAACCAGAGCUCCAUCUUUAAAGAUGCAUGAGACUUCUUGAGCAACAGAGAAUAGAGAUGUAGGCUCUGCCAGAGAAAGUGUUUCUGUGUUAGAGAGAGUCAAAGAAAGGGAGGGCUGAGGUGAGGCUCACACAGAUGGCAGCGAGGGCCCAAGUGGAGGCAGAGUACAGUGUCGGGACUGUUCAGUGUGAGUGUGUGUAGGGCAGGUGGGGGGGGGCCUCCACCUGCUGAAUGAACCCCAUCAGCGUUGGGGAGUACCAUGGGCUACGGGUGGGCUCGGCCCUGCUCAGCAUUGUGGCGGGCUGCAUCAUCAUCGGGGUGUCCAGGGAGUGUGAUGCUGAUGCUGUAGGAGGCAUCUUCCUGGGAGCGGGGGGCCUCGGCCUACUCAUAUCGAUCUACCCCUUCAUUAAAGCCUGGCUUAACAUCAACCACAUUCUUCCGUCCUUUGGAAACUUCAGAGUGCACCCGACACCUGCCAAUCCUGCUCCUGAACCACCGAUAGAGACACUAAAAAGAGAAGGGACUCAGAGUCAACUAAAUCUGGAGCGUUCUAAAAGCCGAAUGGGAACCUUUGUGGAGGGGGGACCAGUGUCUGAGACCAACCCAACCAACCCAGAUGAGGGAAUAGUCAACCAGACACCAAACAGAAGAGCUUUUUGUUGCCUGUUCAAGCCAUUUACAGGAGAAAGAGGAGACUUUCAGAAGUGAACAUUUCCAAGGACUUCUUCAGACAUGCCAGAUGUCUUAUCUAGACGAAAACUGAAGCAAUCACCCUCUGAUCAAGACCUGCCAUGAUGUCAUCAGAGCCCCGAACCUUCUUCGUUUGUUCUUCAUUUUGUUUAUUUCAAAUGUGGGACAAAAUAUGUAGAUGUUGGUGUAA